AUGAGGAAGCUUGUGGUAGUUGCUUUCUUGGCUAUAUUCUUUGCAGGAGCUACUUCUUCGCGAUUGUUAGCGUCUACUCCACCACGAUCUCCAUCGCCAAGAUCUCUAGCAGUGGAGAAAUCGAUCUCUAUAGCUGUUUCUUACACAGGAAAGGAUACCUUCGCCGAUGGAACCCUUUUGACCUGCCCGCAAACCGCGAUUCAUCCCAACGUUAUGGUCCCCGGAGAUGUUGAUCCUGCACAGCUUUACUCCAUCGUGAUGAUAGAUAGGCGAGCUUCGCAGUCGAUGUUUACAUUGGCAGAUCAAUUCACGUACGUCCACUAUUGGAUCGCCAACAUCCCUGGAUCAAAGGUUGACGCUGGCACCAUUUUGGAGGAGUAUAUGAGGCCUGCACCCCACGAUUUCAUGCAGCACAAGUACGAGUUUAUACUGUAUAAGCAGCAAGGGCAGAUCAAUACGCCUCUCGCGGAUAGAUUCGUCAAGGACUGGGAAGCGGUCGCAAGCGCUUACAACCUUGGCAGCCCAGUAGCAACGACUUCCUUUGUCGCGCAGCUCACCCUAAACUUUAGAACGAGAAUGUUCCAGUGUUAA